AUGUACAUCCGAGCUGCCCACGCAGAGACUGAUCUCCGCGUUCUUCGACGCCUCAUUCACGAGAACCCUCUGGGCUUGCUCACAACAGGCAUCAAAUCCCCCACAUACCCCUUCCUCCAAAGCAGUCAUAUCCCCUUCAUCCUCGACGUCCAAGAUGAAUCAAGCGAAACCGAACUUGGCCGAUUGAGAGGCCAUCUCGCCCGACAAAACCCCCAGAGCAAAGCCAUGAUGGAAGCUUGCACCUCCAACCCUGGCGCCAACAACUUUCUCGAAGAUGAGGUUCUCGUCAUUUUCACCAGACCAGCUCAUCAUUAUGUCACGCCUAAAUUUUACAAGGAGACAAAGCCUGCAACUGGAAAAGUAGUGCCUACUUGGAACUAUGCCGCUGCGCAAGCUUAUGGAAAGGCGCGCAUCUACUUUGAGAACAACGACGAGACGUCUUCAUUCCUCGGAAAGGCUAUUUCGGACUUGAGUCACCAUGCUGAGACGAAUCAGAUGGGAUACACUGGCGGGGAUAGACCCUCAGAGUGGAAGGUCACAGACGCGCCCGAGAAGUUCGUCGACUUGCUGAAGAGGAACAUUAUCGGCAUCGAAAUUGAAGUCACUCGACUAGAGGGCAAGUUCAAGAUGAGCCAGGAGAUGGGCAAAGGGGAUAGGGAAGGAGUUAUCAACGGGUUUGAGAGCUUGCAGUCAGAGAGGGGAGAUGAUAUUGCCAGGGUGGUCAAGGAGCGUGUGAAUUGGUUGAGUUUCGUCAGCAGUCGUUUAGAAUGA